AAAAGUCCUCACCGGUCUGACAGCAAACGAGUAGACCUAUUUUCUUCUCGAGUGGAGAGUUGUCAAUUUAACAUCCUCUGCAUCCAUUCUGAAGAAUUGUAUAAUUGACUUGCCUUAAGGCAUAUUAUAAUCAAUCAUGGCUGCCUACAAGUUAGUGCUGAUCCGCCACGGAGAGAGCAGCUGGAACCAGGAGAAUCGGUUCUGCGGCUGGUUCGAUGCGGAUCUGAGUGAAGCCGGGGAGAAGGAGGCAAAGAGAGGUGGACAGGCCCUGAAAGAUGCCAGCUUUGAGUUUGACAUUUGCUACACCUCCGUGCUGAAGCGGGCCACCAGGACUCUGUGGCUUGUCCUGGACAGCAUCGACCAGAUGUGGGUGCCAGUGCAUAGGACCUGGCGGCUGAACGAGCGCCACUACGGAGGCCUGACUGGGCUCAACAAGGCAGAGACGGCCGCCAAGCACGGAGAGGCUCAGGUGAAGAUCUGGAGGCGCUCGUUUGAUACCCCACCUCCUCCAAUGGGCCCAGAUCAUGACUACUACAGUGUCAUCAGCAAGGACCGUCGCUACGCCGACCUGACUGAGGACCAGCUUCCUUCCUGCGAGAGCCUUAAGGACACCAUCGCUCGGGCGCUGCCCUUCUGGAACGAGGAGAUGCCCCAGAUAAAAAAGGGACAGAGGGUGCUCAUCGCUGCCCAUGGAAACAGUCUGAGGGGGAUUGUCAAGCACCUGGAGGGAAUGUCAGAUGAAGCCAUCAUGGAGCUGAACCUGCCAACAGGCAUCCCCAUCCUCUACGAGCUCGACAAGAACCUGAAGCCUGUGAAGCCGAUGCAGUUCCUGGGAGAUGAGGAGACCGUACGCAAAGCCAUGGAGGCCGUGGCUGCUCAAGGAAAGGCCAAGAAGUAAAGACGCAGAAAAGCUCUCUUUAUGUAUUACAGAGUAGGUUGUCCCCAACAACUGACCUCAGUUAAGUGUUGUUCCCAAAUCAUAACUUAUUUUGGAUUGUAAUACAUGAUGAGUACACUGUAGAUUGCUGUCAAGGGCAACCUCACUCUUCUUUCACAGUGCAGGGAUAGUAGAUGUUGAAUGAUCAGGAUAUAUUAGGGUCAGCGGAGCAACAGCUCUCAAGAGAUUGUAAAUAUUUUUUUGCUAAAAUGGCCCAUUAUUGUGACAAACUAUAAGGUUCAGAGAUCAAGGUUUCAUUUAUUGUCACAGGGUUGUGCAACGAAAAUGAGAGAAAAACACAAAAAAGCAAAUCUAUCCCACUCUCUUUUCCGAUGUUGAUGAGUAUAUAUCUGUUAUAAAUGCAGCAAAGUUUGUGAAAGCUACGUUAACAUGCACCGAUGUAGCCAUGAAUCAGUUCCUGUACUGUGCCUUUAACAGUCAAGAAGGUGUGGCGUUCAACUGAAGUGGAUAGCAUUGCUGAUAUAGGCAGUUUCUUAUCUGUGUACUUGAAUACUUGAGUAAUAUCCCUAUCAAUAUAGGACAUUUAUUCAGUUUGCUUAUGCUCAAACUGAAUGUCUCUAUGAGAUACUGUCUUUCAAAUGCACUGAUGGUAGUGAGGAAGUUAUACCAAUGUGUGUCUGAUCAUACUGUCUUCAUCAAUUAGUUGCCCAGGACAACAUUAUUAUUUAUUGGAUUGGAUAUUCUAUUAUAAUUUAAUUGAAACAAGACUUCAUGAGACCUUUUUUAAUGAAAGGGACCACUAUUAAAGAUGGACAACCUAAUUUAUGUAUUACCUUUUAAAGCUAUUCAUUAAUGCAUUCCAUUGAUAAUAAGUUCCCAAUCUCUUGAGAGCUGGAUGGGACAGUUAGGACAACUAAACAGUACUUUUCUCUUAUUGUCUCUGUAUAUGAAUGGUACUUGUGCCGUGUCCUUGUAUGUUGUUGCUGUCUUUGUUGAGUCCGACAAUUUUGAAAUUUUCCUUAUUGUGUUACAUUAAGUUAAGUCCAAUUUCAAUGGUGCUAAACCCUGCAUUGCUAUUAGCAUUGCACUGUAUAAGGGAUAAAUCCAAUAUUUGGUUUAUAGCCCUACCAGUGUCACAGUACUAUUGUUAGGCAUGAUUAACAGAGGAUAAAAGUUCUAAAUUGAUAAUAUUUUGUUACUUUGUUACUCUCCGCCUUUGGUCUUUCUUCGCCUCUUGGUGUCAUAGUAUUUAUGUGCCUAAAGCUCCUAUUCCUACAUUGAACGCCUACAGCUGCCCUCACUGCCUAAUGAGGAAGAAGUGCUGGUUUUACGGAAAAUGUCUGCUAGGAUUUCAUUUGAAAUGUUGCAUAAUGUCCUACAGUAUUUUUCUUUUGCAACUGUAAUUCCCUUUGUGUUGGUUAUAUGUAUCUGAAAUCUCUGACCGUAAUACAUUUACAAAUCAAA